GCGCUUUCACCUUACCCAUCAAAUUCGCAUAUUAUAAAUACAGGACCAUAACUCCUCCCAAAACUCGUGACCCAAACACAGAUCCAAAUCUCUCUUCUGUGUUUCUCUUCUGCUCUCUAAUUUCUCCAAUCUACAAAUAUUUGUUCCAUUUUUCAGAGGGCAGACAUGGAAACUUUCUUGUUCACCUCAGAGUCCGUCAAUGAAGGCCACCCCGACAAGCUCUGUGACCAGGUCUCAGAUGCCAUUCUUGAUGCUUGCCUAGAACAGGAUCCAGAGAGCAAGGUCGCAUGUGAAACCUGCACAAAGACAAACAUGGUUAUGGUCUUUGGAGAGAUCACAACCAAGGCCACUGUCGACUAUGAGAAGAUAGUCCGUGACACAUGCAGAGGCAUCGGGUUUACCUCAGCAGAUGUUGGCCUUGACGCUGACAACUGCAAGGUCCUUGUCAACAUUGAGCAACAGAGCCCUGACAUUGCCCAAGGUGUUCAUGGUCAUCUUACCAAGAAACCAGAAGAAAUUGGAGCUGGUGACCAAGGUCACAUGUUUGGCUAUGCCACAGAUGAAACCCCAGAGCUCAUGCCCCUCACCCAUGUUUUGGCCACCAAGCUUGGUGCCAAGCUUACUGAAGUGAGGAAGAACAAAACCUGCCCAUGGCUCAGGCCCGAUGGCAAGACCCAAGUUACCGUUGAGUACAAGAACGACAACGGUGCCAUGGUCCCCAUUAGAGUUCACACUGUUCUCAUCUCAACCCAACAUGAUGAAACUGUCACAAACGACCAGAUCGCCCAGGACUUGAAAGAGCAUGUGAUCAAGCCUGUGAUCCCUGCCAAGUACCUUGAUGAGAACACCAUCUUCCACCUUAACCCAUCAGGUCGCUUCGUCAUCGGUGGUCCACACGGAGAUGCCGGUCUCACUGGCAGGAAGAUCAUCAUUGAUACCUACGGAGGCUGGGGUGCUCACGGUGGUGGUGCUUUCUCAGGAAAGGACCCCACUAAGGUGGACAGGAGUGGUGCUUACAUUGUUAGACAGGCAGCAAAGAGUGUGGUUGCCUCAGGACUUGCUCGCCGUUGUAUUGUGCAGGUUUCUUACGCUAUCGGUGUGGCUGAACCACUUUCCGUGUUUGUUGACACUUACAAGACAGGAACAAUUCCCGACAAGGAUAUUUUGGUUCUGAUCAAGGAGAACUUUGACUUCAGGCCUGGAAUGAUGUCAAUCAAUCUUGAUUUGUUGAGAGGAGGCAACUACAGGUACCAGAAGACUGCAGCUUACGGUCACUUUGGCCGUGAUGACCCCGACUUCACCUGGGAGACUGUCAAGGUCCUCAAGCCAAAAGCUUGAGUGAGGUCUUUGCAUUACAAUUUUUGGCCAGUCGAAUUUCUUUUGGCCAUUAUUCUUGUUGCAGACCAAUAAACAAGCCUCAUCUUAUCAUACAUUUGAUAUUGAUAUUUGUUUUCAAGGCUCCAUUGGUGCUGGUAGAAGAGCGUGUUUCUGAGGAUUCGCUCUGAGUCAUUGAACAUUUGUUAUUUUUCAUUUUCUUUGUCCACCCUUUUCUACAGUACCUUAUUUUUAUUUUGUUACUGUUAUUAAGUAGCAGUGAUUUAAGUUUCCCUUGUUUUAUCCGAUUAUAUAUGAAAAUUUAUCUCUUGAGGUGAAAAA